AUGAUACAACUGGUGUUUACUUCCAAUGGAAAUGGACGUUCAACUUCAAUCCUUUUAUGUGACUGGCUAUUCACAGUUUUAGAUUACUUGGAUAAGACAAAAUCAAAUGAAUUUUAUGAAAAAGUAUGUGAAUUAGUUAGAGAUGAUAUAUCUGAAGUGAAUAUGGCAUCUAUAUUUGAGUUACUAGUUAGUAAUUUGGAUGGGAUAUUUGAGAUUUUGAAGGAUGUAGAGGCAAAAAAGGAAAUAAUAAUACGUGAUGAUGUUAAGAGAAAUUUUGGUGAGUUAUAUAAGGAAUCAGAAGAGUUCUUUAUUCCAUUAAUUUCGAUGCUUCUUCACCCAAAUUUUGAGAAAUCAAGAAUUGAUCAAUGUAAAAAGAUUUUUCUUGAUAAAUUAAUGAGUGGAGGAGAAAUCUCAAAUUUGAGAAUUAAUGUCUUAAAGGUUUAUUAUGAUAUAUUCGGUGAAGAUCUUGAGCUUUUGGUUGAUAUAUUGAAGUAUAAAGCACAAUAUGGUUGUUUUAAUAACUUUGAAAGACUUGAAUCUUCAUUAGAUAUGUUAGAAAAGAAGAUUGCUAAUAUUGGUGAAUCAAAACCUGAAUUAAAAAGAAAUCUUUAUUUAGCUAUGUAUGAUAUUAUAUCAUCAGAAUCAAAAGAUAAUAAGACUUACUUAAAUAAGAGGGCUUAUGAUUAUUUGGUGGGAUUUUUUGAGACUUUUAAAUCAAAGGAUGAGAUUUCAAAAUCAAUCAAGUCAAAUAGUCGAAUACUUGAUUUAGGAGUUGAGUUUUUGAUUUCAACAAUACUUUUACCAGAAAUCCUAUUUUUUGAUUCAUUGUUAACAAUGCCAAUUUAUCAGUAUAUUAAGGAAAAUAACUCUAAGGAAUAUAAUAUUUUAUUGGAAUUAUUUGAUAUAUGUUAUCAAGGAACAGUUGGAGACUUCCAUGAUAAACUCCAGAAUCAAAACCAAGAAUACCAAGAUUUCCUGGAUAAAUUCCCAAUUUUAAAGACCAAUGAAACUAAUAUAAUUAAUAAACUCCAAUUAUUAACUAUUUCAACUUUAGCAAAAGGUAAAUCAUCUAUUAAGUUGGAUGAACUUGAAAAAGAAUUUAGACUUUCAUCUUUUGAUACCCAAGACGCCGUAGUAAACGCAAUAAGUGUUGGACUUAUUGAUGGAAAUAUCUCAGAAAAUUCCAAUACCGUUGAUAUUAAUUGUGUAACUAAAAGACAGUUUGGAAAAGUUGAAUGGGAAUCUUUGGAUAAAAAACUUAGCCAAUGGAUAGGACAUCUUACUUCACUUUCUUCCAUUCUUGCUAAUAAUAGCAAUAAUAACAAUAGUAAUAAUAAUAACAAUGAGUAA